CGUGUAGAAGCGAGGCGGCAUCAUCUGCAAUGGUUCCCUGCAGUGGUGUGUCUGGCCGGUGAAAACAGGUGAUGCUAGCAUUCCACUGUUGCCAGUUUUAGUUUUAAUUUUGCUAACGUGUAUUAUUUGUCGACAUUCUGAUUAUCCGCUCCUUACAUGCAUGGACUCAACGUUCUCCUUGUUGUGGAAUACAUUAAAUAAGUGAAGGAAGACCAUGUCUUACCAUCCUGGCCGUGGAUGUCCCAGGGGAAGAAUCCCCCCUGGGCAACACGGGUCACCCCAGAAUUAUCGUCCCCCAAACCAGAGACAACCCCCUCCCCAGCCACCUAUGCCUCCUUACCACUAUGAGCCAUCAUCAUCCUCAUGUCCUGGAUACUCUGGUCAGGGGAAUAGCGGUUACAUGCCCCCUCGUCCCGAUUUUAUGCCCUACCCUCUCCCCGUGCCUUCCCAGGGUCCAAGCCUGCUCAACCAGUGCCCGAUACGUCCCCCUUUUCCCAGCCCGCCAAUACGGCAAGGGUUCCCAGAGCCGCCGAACUUCCCCCCUCCCCCUCUUCCCAACUCCUCCAGCAGCUCCAUGCCGGCCCCGCCGGGCUCUGCCCAGAACGCCUACCACUACAUGAUGCCCUCCGUUCCACCUCCGCCCCUGCCCCACCCACCGGUCCCACCCUCCAUGCCGCAGCCAAUGAGCUACCAGCCCCCGUACUCCAUGAGCUACACCCAGCCCCCGUUCCCCCCGCCGGGCUUCAGCCCUGGCUACGCCCAGGGCUCCGGUUCUUUCAAGGCUGAGCCCUUCAGGCACGGCGGCCAGUACAAGGCGGAGAAGCCACCUGGCGACCGCCGGUCCCCUGAGAGGAGCAGGCGCCAUGAGGAGCCCCGCCACAGGAGCUACGGUUACAGCAGCCAUGGAGACCGGCACAAGGUGGACCACCCUGGCGAGCGCAAGGAGAGGGGGCGGAGCCCGGACAGGCGCAGGGCAGACGGGAGCCGCCACAGGUCGGAGUACGAGCGGGGCAGGAGUCCGCCCCGACACAGAAGCCGGGAGCGCAGCAGGGAGAGACAUCGCCACAGAGACAGUAGGAGAUCUCCUUCAUCAGAGAGACAGCACAGGAAGAGACCCAGGAGUCGGUCAAGCAGCCGGGACAGGAAGCGCCCCCGUUGGGAGGAGGAGCGCGAAAGGAGGUCGGAUGGCCCGGGGGCAGGCAGGGAUCGGAGUCACACUUCCCUAAAAAGCCGGGACGCGGAGGGCGCCUCGGCCGACCGGAUGGAGGACGAGAGGGAGGAGGAGGAGCUGCUGAAACCAGCCUGGAUCCGCUGCACCCACGCCGAGAACUACUACUCCAACGACCCCAUGGACCAAGUGGGGGACUCCACUGUGGUGGGGACCAGCAAGCUGAGGGACCUGUACACGCGCUUCGAGGAGGAGCUGGGGAAGAGGCAGGAGCGGGCCAAGGCCUCACGGCCCGAGUGGGAGCCGCCCAAGACCAAGCUGGACGAGGAUAUGGACGAGAGCUCCAGCGAUUCGGACUGCGAGUCUGACGGAGGCAGCAGCUGCUCCAGCAGCUCCGACUCAGAGGUGUUUGACGUCAUCGCCGAGAUCAAGAGGAAGAAGGCCCACCCCGACCGCCUGCAUGAAGAGCUGUGGUACAACGACCCGGGACAGAUGAACGAUGGUCCCCUGUGCAAGUGCAGUGCCAAGGCCAGGCGCACGGGAAUACGUCACAGCAUCUACCCCGGAGAGGAGCCUGUCAAAAUGUGCCGUCCCAUGAACAACAACGCCGGGAAGCUGUUCCACUACAGGAUCACAGUGUCCCCGCCCACUAAUUUCCUGACGGACAGACCGACAGUGAUCGAGUACGAUGACCACGAGUACCUGUUCGAGGGAUUCUCCUUGUUCUCCCACGCACCCCUUACCAAUAUCCCAUUGUGCCGAGUGAUUCGUUUCAACAUAGAUUACACCAUUCACUUCAUCGAAGAGAUGACGCCCGAGAACUACUGUGUGAAAGGACUCGAGCUGUUCGCCUCAUACCUAUUUAAGGACAUCCUGGAGCUGUAUGACUGGAACCUUACAGGUCCUGAGACAGACGACGCCUCCCCCGGCUGCCAGAGGUUCCACUUCAUGCCUCGUUUUGUCAGGUUCCUGCCCGAUGGCGGUAAGGAGGUGCUCUCCAUGCACCAGGUGCUGCUCUACCUGCUGCGCAGCAGCAAGCCGCUGGUGCCUGAGGAGGAGAUCGCCCACAUGCUGCAGUGGGAGGAGCUGGAGUGGCAGAAGUAUGCAGAGGAGUGCAAGGGCAUGAUCGUCACCAACUCGGGCAUGAAACCCAGCUCUGUCCGGAUCGACCAGCUGGACCGGGAGCAGUUCAACCCGGACGUCAUCACCUUCCCCAUCAUCGUGCAUUUCGGGAUCCGGCCGGCCCAGCUCAGCUACGCUGGCGACCCUCAGUACCAGAAGCUGUGGAAGAGCUAUGUCAAACUGCGCCAUCUGCUGGCCAACAGCCCAAAGGUCAAGCAAGUGGACAAGCAGAAGCUCACGCAGAGAGAGGAAGCUCUGCAGAAGAUCCGACAGAAGAACACCAUGCGGCGUGAGGUGACGGUGGAGCUGAGCAGCCAGGGCUUCUGGAAGACUGGCAUCCGCUCCGACGUGUGUCAGCACGCCAUGAUGUUGCCAGUGUUGACCCAUCACAUUCGAUAUCAUCAGUGCCUUAUGCACCUGGACAAGCUGAUUGGCUACGUCUUCAAAGAGCGCUGCCUGCUUCAGCUCGCCAUGACUCACCCCAGCCACCACCUCAACUUUGGCAUGAACCCGGACCACGCCCGCAACUCGCUGUCCAACUGCGGCAUCCGGCAGCCCAAAUAUGGCGAUCGCAAGGUUCAUCACAUGUACAUGAGGAAGAAAGGCAUCAACACCUUAAUCAACAUCAUGUCUCGCCUGGGGCAGGAUGACCCGUCCCCCUCCAGGAUCAAUCACAACGAGAGGCUGGAGUUCCUGGGUGACGCCGUGGUGGAGUUUCUCACCAGCGUGCACCUGUACUACCUGUUCCCAAACCUGGAGGAGGGCGGCCUCGCCACCUACAGGACGGCCAUUGUGCAGAACCAGCACCUUGCCAUGCUGGCCAAGAAGCUGGAGCUCGAUCGGUUUAUGCUGUACGCCCACGGCCCUGACCUGUGCCGAGAAUCUGACCUGCGGCACGCCAUGGCUAACUGUUUUGAGGCAUUGAUAGGAGCUGUGUACUUGGAGGGGGGCUUGGAGGAGGCCAAACAGCUUUUCGGGAGACUGCUUUUCAACAGUGAGGACCUGAGGGAGGUGUGGCUGAACUACCCACCCCAUCCGCUGCAGGUGCAGGAGCCCAACACCGACCGGCAGCUGAUCGAGACGUCCCCGGUGCUGCAGAAGCUGACAGACUUCGAAGAGGCCAUAGGCGUCUUGUUCACCCAUGUGCGUCUGCUGGCCCGCGCUUUCACCCUGCGCACCGUCGGCUUCAACCACCUCACCCUGGGGCAUAACCAGAGGAUGGAGUUCCUGGGAGACUCGAUAAUGCAGCUUGUGGCCACGGAAUACCUGUUCAUCCACUUCCCGGACCACCACGAAGGACACUUAACGCUGCUGAGGAGCUCCCUGGUGAAUAACCGCACCCAGGCCAAGGUGGCGGAGGAGCUGGGCAUGCAGGAGUUCGCCAUCACUAACGACAAGACCAAGCGGCCCGUCGCCCUGAGGACCAAGACCCUGGCCGACCUGCUGGAGUCCUUCAUCGCUGCUCUGUACAUAGACAAGGACCUGGAGUACGUGCACACCUUCAUGAACGUCUGCUUCUUCCCACGAUUAAAGGAGUUCAUCCUGAACCAGGAUUGGAAUGACCCCAAGUCCCAGCUGCAGCAGUGCUGCUUGACCCUGCGCACCGAGGGCAAGGAGCCCGACAUCCCGCUCUACAAGACCCUGCAGACGGUGGGACCCUCCCACGCGCGGACAUACACGGUGGCCGUCUACUUCAAAGGGGAGCGCAUCGGCUGCGGGAAGGGGCCCAGCAUUCAGCAAGCCGAAAUGGGAGCGGCGAUGGACGCACUUGAGAAAUAUAACUUCCCGCAGAUGGCUCAUCAGAAGCGCUUCAUUGAGCGGAAAUACAGGCAGGAGCUGAGAGAAAUGAGACGAGAGAGGGAACGGCAAGAGAAGGAGAGCGACGAGACGGAGGAGAACAGGAAGUGACGACGUGACCUCUGACCUGAUCUGCCUCGGGGUGGGGGAGAUUGGGGCAUUGAAUUGUUCACUCUGCUGUAGCCUGUCUGCAGC